GCUUGUUUUCUUGCUACAGUGGUUAACUGGUUGUCUCCUCGGCCGAGAGUGCAGAACGUUGUGUUGCAUCGCCGUCUGUGAAAUAUUGACAUUUCGUCAAAAUGUCGUGUUUGUGACCUUCGCCUGGUGUGAUCCGUGAAGUGGGGGAAAUCCGAUGCAUUUUCAUGUCCACCGUGGUAGCCAACACUAUGUUUCUGUGAAUGUUGGAUCUGCGAUUCCGACGAGCCCGUCAGCCAUUCACAUUAGGCUUAAGAAAGUGAUAUGCAAACUGACAGAACUGAGUUAUUCCUUCUUAGAAGGAACCGGUGAAACCGAUACAUAAUGGAGGAGGCACCCUGGACCAGAACACAGCAUGAGUGCCGCAGCACUGCAAGCGGAGUCACCACCUGAAGUGGUGAGCAGAGGUGUGAAAGGUAGUAGCCAAACCGGGGAAGUGUCCAGGCGGCUUUGUUCAUGGUGGUGCAGCUGUCCAUGGAGGACUUGCGCAUGUGCCAAGUGGCGCCCCAGCUUCCCCAGGCGCCGCAGGAAGACGGGGCCGACGAUGGGGACGAUCCAGAGGUCAUGCAGGUGACGCAGGCAGGAGUGGUUAACCUGCGGCACAAGAAGCAGCGGGUGAAUGGCACGGGAUGGGGUCCCGAGCCGGAGGACAGGGAGCGCCCCAUGUCAUGGGAGGGAGAGCUCUCGGACACCGACGAGCCUCCAACAGGCGCCGCUCACAAGUCCCGCGCCCCGCACAGCCCCAUGGUAGUUGAGCGGGACGAGAGGGCGUCUCCCGUCAGUCUUGCUGCAACGUCCAACAGUGUCUCCCACAUGCUCGCAAACAGCAGUGGGGACAAGGAGGGUGUGCUGAGGACAGCCCCAGUAAGCAGCUCGAACCACACGGUGACACCCACCGUGCCUUACGGAGGAACAAAUAUUGCAGCAUUUCAGGAGCGGGUCUCCCACAAUCCUUCUUUUGGCGAAGUGUCCACAAGCGGGCGGCCAACGGUGCUUGGCGGUGGCGGAGCCUUUCAACCGCCCUGCUCCAUCUACAGCGAGAGCCCCGUGCCCACACCGAGGCCCACGAGCAGCUCAAGUUCUCGGUCCUCCUACUCUCCAACCCAGAGCCCUCUACUGGGCCGUGGGGGACCCUCUUUCUCGCACGCCCACCACAGUCCGGUUCCCCAGCACCGGCACUGUGCCAGCUCUGACGGCUCGUCCGUCUACUCUCCUGCCAGCAGUCCUUUGCAGGGCAGGCACGUGCCCGUUGUGGAUGGAGGGUCCGUGUAUUCUCCAUCACAGAGCCCCAGUCAGGGGCGACACCGAAUUUCGGACGGCAUGUCACCUACAGCAGCCCACCUUCGCAAUCUGUCUGUCUCGCGGAACGCUUAUGCUGGCGGGGAUCAGGUGGGCCCGCCUUACCCUUACGUGGUCAUGCCCGAUCCAGCCCUGGUGCAGUCAACGCCGGAUGCACGCUCAACGGCAUCAAGUGCAUCGGUGGCAUCGAGCGCCUCCGACGAAUCCAACGCCUCGGACCUGUCGAGCCCCACGAGGCGUCCCUCUGCGGACGGUUCCAGCGCGGACUCUGGAGCGGGUGCGGACGCGGGACCGGGGGUCUCGAGGCAACAGCUCCUGAGUGGUCCCUGCCCCGUGUGCGGGGACCGCAUCUCGGGGUUCCACUAUGGGAUCUUCUCCUGCGAGAGCUGCAAGGGUUUCUUCAAGCGCACCGUGCAGAACAAGAAGCAUUACGUUUGCCUAAGGGGUGCUUCCUGCCCCGUUGCCAUAUCUACCAGGAAAAAGUGCCCUGCGUGCCGCUUUGACAAGUGCCUGCGUACUGGAAUGAAGCUCGAAGCUAUUCGAGAAGACCGUACUCGUGGGGGGCGUAGCACCUACCAGUGCUCCUACUCCUUGCCCGUGCAGCUGCUCAACGACUCUCGUAACCCCUUGGACGCCUCUGCGUGCGAAUCCAACAACGAACCUAUUCCGCUGCUUCAGAAAGACUCCCGAAGUACGGGGUCUUGUUCCCAAGCAGAGAUGGGCCACAGCUCUGGCAGUGCGUCGUCCUCUCCACGGCCUCAGCCUCCCACGAUCCCUUCUUUAGUGCAAGAGAUUGUCUCGGUUGAGCACCUCUGGCACUACACGGAUCGAGAAAUCAGCAGGCUUUCCGAGCAGUUUGAUAACAAGGUCUCGGCGGCCAGUCCGGCGGCGCCCCAAGUUCCAGAGCUCCCAGCGAUGGAUGGCAGCUCCAACAUCCUCAGCAGCCUGUGCAACAUAGCUGACCAUAGGCUCUACAAAAUUGUCAAGUGGUGCAAGAGCUUGCCCCUCUUCAGAGAAAUACAGGUGGAUGACCAAAUUGCCCUUCUGAUCAAUUCCUGGUGUGAGCUGCUCCUAUUGAGCUGCUGCUACCGGUCGACGGGGACACCCAACGAGAUCCGAGUGUCCAUGGGCAAGUCCGUGACACUGGGGCAAGCCCGCGACCUGGGCAUGGGUCCGGUCAUUGAACGGAUGCUUGCCCUGACCGACCUGCUGCGGCGACUACAGGUGGACCAGCGAGAGUUUGUCUGCCUCAAGGUUCUCAUUCUUCUCACUUCAGAUGCAAGCGGUCUGAAGGAGCCCGAAAAGGUUCGCGCAUGCAAGAAGCAAGUGCUGGAAGCCCUCCAGGCAUACACAAACUCCCACUACCCAUCGCAACCGUCCAAGUUUGGGGAACUUCUGCUGUGCGUGCCCGAACUGGAACGUGCCUGCCAGCUGAGCAAGGAGUCCCUGGCUGCAUCGCGGCGCAUAGCCUCGGCGGGGGCGGCGGCGGCGCCCUCGGACGAUCCGCAGGCGCCCAGCUUCAACCUCCUGGUGGAGCUGCUCCGCGGGGACCACUGACUGGGGGACCGCAGUGCGUGUGUGUACUUGUACAUAGAAACCAUUGUGGACGGCCGCCACUCCAGCCGUGUCGCUGUUGUACGAUUGCGUGCAGUGUUGUUCUGUGUUGUCCAACAUGUUGUGCACCCGGUUUGAAAAGCCUCCCCUUUGUUUUCGUACCGCGAUGUCUUACCGAUGGCGCAACACACUCGGCGAAAAUUUUGCCGUUCUACGCUGAAAGUUGCGCGUGUAACGCGCUUUCAAUAAGUGCGUCAAUUCAACUCAUUUUUAUUUCUUCGCGGAGUGGCAUCCGAUGCCGUCGAGGGGUGGCACCCAAGCAGUGCCCGAAAAAAAGUGUGACAUCAUCGUCGAAAAAUGCAAACCGGUUGGUGUGCGUUUGCACAUAUGUAACGUGCAGCGUGCGAUACGCAGAAUUUGUAAUUUAACUCAGACGAUGUUUUACUGCAACGGCGAAUAAGCUGUAAGGGCUCCCGAGUGUGUGUGUUGUCGGUCGGAUGUUAGGGUACGGAAUUUUUCUCGUUUUAGUUUCUUCACAUUUAUUUGAGAGAAGCUGCGACUACAUAGUAUUUGCGCUGCGGUCAGUGAGACUAUAUACCUCCGUAGCUCCAUCUGUCUGACCCACGGAUUUCACGAGAGGUCCCACUUCAUCUUUUACGAAAAGGCUGGCUUGAAAAGCUCAGUUGGUUUUAGCAGUCUAUACACCAGUUUGUUUUUUAACAUCUUUUAGGUUUCUCCGAGACGCAGGCAGGAACUCCCUAGUGGGGUUCGCCCUGUGAUAUUUGAAUGUUUACUUUGCUCCCUGGUUUGCAUGUUUUUUUUUUUUCUCUCUCUCUCUCUCUCUUCCGCUCAGCUUUGCAAAUUGCUCUGUGGCCUAAACGAGAUUUCUGCACCAAUGAUAAAAUGGCAGUUUUUGUCCCAUCUGGCCCCUCACAGCCUUAAAAGAAAAGACACAUGAUUUACCCCCAGACGUCUUGGCCAAAUAUCGGCAAUACCGGCCCAACAUUGGUCCAGUCUUGGACCAGCAUUGCCAGUACCGGCCCAACAUUGGUCCAACCUUGAACCAGUAUUGCCAAUAUUGGGUCAAAAUUGGGCCAAGAUGCUGUGCUACUUGGGCUAGUGCGUCACUCCGAGGAAGGAAUGCGCCGGAGCAUUUUCUGUAAACUUUUGUCCAGCACUCGACAUAUUGCCUACUUUGGGCAGAAUUGUAGCGGUGGGUUGUCCAGUGGUGACUAGCAACGGUAUCAGAAUUACUUGCCUACGUGUCCAACCUUCUAAAAGUUAAGUUAAAAGUUGAGUUCCAAACGGGAAUACGUCGGGCAAUUUGCGUCCCAAGAUUGUGUGCUUGGCAGGCGUUUCAUUUAUGGUUGCUGAAACAUCUUGCCAUCCUGGACUAUUCUUUGCUCCAAUUGGAAAUCUGUUAUAGAUGCUGUAGAAUGUAUGUCUAAGUGUUCACUUCCACGAAACCCGCAAAAAGUUUUCCUCCUGAUGAUGAUUGCGAUGAAAACUGAUGGAACAUCUUGCCCCAGACGUGAAAAGCACAACGGUGACGUGAACUGGCGACGCACAUGAUUACCCGCUUGACGUUCCUGACGCAGCCUCGUUUCCGCAGACGUCCGACAGCUCUUUCCGGUGACUACAGAGUUGUUGUUGUUGUUGCAGAAACCUCAUGAUUUCUUUCCACUUUUCUGAGUUGUGCCUUGCCCUACCAACUUGCAUCCUUAUCUUUCCUUGCUGCUUUGACAGGUUGCUUGUUUCCUCUUGUAGAAAGUGCCAUCAAUUCAGUGACAGCAUUGAUCAAUCUUGCUUUGUAUGAGAGAAGCACCCUGAUUGUUUUGCAGCUGCACACAGCAUUUGAGCAGCUCGGAUAAGUGCCAUAACACACUGUUUUUAAGAGAAGCACCACAUUGCAAACACACUGUAUAGAGUAACAUUUGUACCUUUGUAGCUAUACGUCUUGGUCCUCCGUGUCUUUUUUUUUCUUUAUCCUCUCUAAUAUUUUUAAGCCUCUACCCAUAAGUAUAUUCAGAAUUAGUAAUGAUGCAACAUUUUAAAAUUCCUUCAUUUUAUACCUGCAGGGCCCAUUUUAGCUAAAAGCUUGCCUCGUUUACUUGCAUGCAAGUUUCCUCAUUCAUGCAUGGCGCACGAUCACUUGGAUGUACUAGGAGAGUGCCCUCCCAACGUUCCGCGUUGGUCACGGCGGAUGCGAUGCUGAUUGCGGGUCGCGGAAGAAUAACUCAACUUGGGGUUGGAUAAGCACGACAUAGAGAAGCCAAAUUUACGCACGUAAUUUUGUGUAGCACCAAAUUUCACAUAUUGCUACGUGGGUUUGUUUAAGAGGAAGAUGGAAUUUUUAGGCAAAAUAUGAGAAAAUAAUCUGAAGUGCUUUUUUUGCUCCACAGCUGACCAACGGACGCAUUUUUCCUUUGCUCUCCUACGUUAGUUUGUCUUUGAGUUGGAGUUGACCUGGAGUAGUGGUCUAAGGCAGCUUGCUAUACGCUAUCUUUUUUUCCUUUUUUUUCUUUCUUUUUCAAAACCCACCUGUGAUAGCAACUGAAGCCUCUAACUAUUGUGAUAGUACUUAAUUCUUUCUACACCCUGUAAUGUCGUAGAACGAUAGAAAUUUUGUAUUGUUUCUCUGCUUGCCUUUCAAAUCUUGAAGUUUUGGCUGUUGAUGGCAACCUUCAACGAACACAAGCGUGAAAAUCUCUCCUCGCAUGCCACACCAGGUGUUGAAUUUGAAUACAAGUGCAGGGACAUGCGUAUGUGUUUCUUUGCAUCCAAUCUCGUGUCCUAAGGUAGGGGGGGUGGCAUAGUACAGGUGUGUUUCUCAACGUAGAAAAAUUACCUAAUGUUCUGGAAGAGGUCCUUCGAAGGUGUCGUGGCGUCCAACCAGUUGAACAGUCGAAAAGGUCUAGUGACUUUCUCACAUCUUUAUUGCGAGUUAAACAAUGAAUUAAUAUGACGAGAAUUUUCCGAGGAAAUAACUCCCCAGGUGGUAGUCGCUAGAUACACUUCAUCGAAAUUCCCUUGUACGUUCUGCAAGCCUUGAAAGACGUCCUUGGGCAAUUUCCUUGUUCCUAAGCUACUUGUCAGCUUUUUCGGAGACUGGUCCUGUAAAUUCUCGCGUUGUGCAGUAAGGAGAUGCAGAGCGAUCAGCGUGUAUGAUUAUGUAGAGUUAUUACGAACGUGCCAAAGCGACCUACUCGGAGCCUUUUUUUUUUUUUUUUCGAAUGCUGUUCCGUGCUUGUAAUUUGGAUACUUGCUUGUUGUUUGUUCUGUACAAUCCUGCACCAUUUGGGCCAGCUUCAAAUGGUUGUGCAGGAUUAUCUUUCGUUCAAGUGCACAGAUUCCCCUCCUUCACAUAUGUGUUACAUUUUUUUUUAUGUUUGAAUAUGUAGCAAGGAUGGGUGUCUCUAGAAAUAUGAGCUUUGCUGGUGCUUGUAGAAUUGCUAGCGUGCAAACUGAAAUGCCACUUAGUCACCUUGGCAGCAGUGAUGACUGUUUUUCUAUGAAUGUGUGCUUUUGCUUUGCGCGCCGAGAUGACAGUACUGGGCAUACUGAAAGGGGGGUGGGGGGAUAGCAACCUAUGCAAGCCGAUCGGCAGUAUUCAGCAGAUUUCCCGAUUCAUUUGAAAUCGACAAGGGAUGCAAAGGCUGUCUAGCAUCACCUUUAUGCAUAAGGAAAACAUCGACCUUGCUAUGUCUGCGGCAUCCGAUAGGACAGAAAGUUCGCUGAUGCAGACAAAUAGAAGUCUGUUGAAUGACUGGCACUUUUAUGGUCUGACUGGCGGUUAGAUACAACUUUCUGUUUUGCAAGAAAUUUGCUGCUACGGAUUCAUUCUGAAAACAUUGCCAAAUGCGCACAUAAUUUUAACAUGCUGAAAUCCUGUUUCUUUCACUGCUGCAAGAAUUGAGAUAAGUUUAGCCAUUUCUGUUUUUAUUGUCGGACCCAAAGCCUUUUAGUGCCACUUUUAUUUUAGUAAUGUGGCAGUAUCAUAUUAUGCUUUCAACAGAACACUAAUCACACCAGAACAUUUAAGAACUUUGGAGCAGCUUUAUGGUCAUUCUUUCACUUCACAAAUUGCGCAAAUUUGCCAACUUGGCACAGACUGUGUACGUAUGCCCUCCACUGUUGACGCUGCUUGUGAGACGUUUUGUGAGCUGCAAGCCAAAAUCUCCAGGUUGUAUUUACUGUACAUAGUAGACCUGACAUGAGUGAUUAUUUCUGGUUGGUUGGUUGGAUGCAUUUUGUACAGUGUAAUGGAAGUGGAACUUCAUGUCAAAGGCUAUGCAGGAAGACAUCUGUUGUGUCUGUUCAUCAAGUGCAGCAUACUGUCAUCAGCAUCUUCUCUUUUCUUUUCUUUUUUUCAUUUUCGUUUCUUGUCUGGGACCAAGCCACGCAGGAAAAGCUGAAUUGUAGGGGGUUGUGUGAUCAGUCUAGAAUUAUCAAAUAUGGAACAACCGAUUGUCAUUGGUGAUUGAAUCUGAGAUAUUGAUGAGGAUGUCUUGAAAUUUGAAACUUUUGAAUGUGGAGCGAUUUUGCUUUUUUUUUUCUUUUUUCACAGUGUUGGAACAGAUUUUGCAGCAAUGCUUGUGUCCUCGAGUGUACACCACAUCUGUUCCAUAUGUUCAGAAGAGUGAAUUGAGCGGAAGUAUUCAAAUUUUAAUUCUAUGUUGCCUCAGUUCCAAGAAUACCUUUUGCAUCUGCAACGCCUAGGUACUGAGGAAUACUUAUAGAAUUAUUAGAAUUAUGCUUAUUCUAGAGCAGAUUACGUAUAUUCAGAUAUGCUACAGACAUUCAUGCAGCAUUUCUUUUUUUUUUUUUUCUAUGAAAACAGCUUUAUUUUGGUGAUGAUUGGAAGUGUCCCAUUGCUUGCGGUACUCCAAUGAAAAAAAAGAAAUUAAAAACAUCAGUAUUGAUGAAAAAAAAUUCAGCAUUCAAAAUAUUCGCUACUCAUACAACCCCAGAAGUGAAAAACAGGACAGCAGCAGCACGGUCUCUUGAAUGUGCCUAACGUGUAACUGACGAAUAGGAGGGUAGAAUCUUUUUUCUUUUUUUUUUUUGUACGGAGUCCCAACGUCCUCCCUGAACCGAACAAGUCGAACGUGUGUCGGUGUUGUGAUCCCUCUUUGAUACGGGAUAAGUCUGAUUGAUGUGUCCGAUACGUCUACGAGGCGGCGGAACAGAAGCGCUCCGGAACGACGCCCGUUUUGUGACUGUCUCAUUACCAAAACUGUGUGGAAUGCUAGCUUCCUUUUAACUUUUUGAUACCACGUGUGUAACAAACAAAAAAAAAAAAUUGGGGAAGUCGCUGGCAGACGCGCGUCUGUUCCGCGCUUCCACGGGCAGGAAGAGAUGAAAUGAAAAGCUUGUUCUAACAGCCGGGAGAGUGUUUGAGCAAUAUGACCUGUGUUGCGACAUGCUCACUAAUAACAGUUGUAAUGGUUAUGCACUUUUUGUACUGUUUCUCCAUCUAAUGGGUGCUGUCAGCCCUAUAUCUGUGCUUCUUUUCCCAUGUCGAAAAAAAGAGUGUGUUGCGCAGCUCAGUGUCGAUUAUCCCAGUGAAGUGGUAUUUUUGUCCCGGUGGUUUCAUUAAAUGGUGCAGAACUUUC